AUCAUUAUAUAAACGUCGGGUCAAAGUAGCUGUCGCUUUGUCGAUAGUUAGGAACGGAGAAUCUUCUUCGUUUAAUAAUCCUUUCAAAUGAUUCUGAGAAGACUACUUUUCACGUCGCUACUUUUUGUAGCAGCUUUAACAAUCCCUGUUCAACAAUAUGAAAUGGAAGACGAAAUAGAAACGAGCGAUCAUCUUGGCGAACUUUUCGAAGAUGGCAAGCGCGUGUACACAAAUAUCUGGGCGGUCGAACUAGACGAAGACAACGAGAAGCUUGCCGAUGAAAUAGCAAGAGAUUUUGAUCUAAAACACAAUGGCAGAGUCGGGAACAUGCGGCGAGUAUUCGAGUUUGUCCAUGAAGGAACGAAUGCUCGAGUCAAACGUCGAGCAGUGGAAAGAACGCGGCAGCUGAAUGAUCAUCCUAGGAUUAAAUGGGCCGAACAGCAACUGGUACUUGAGCGCAAUAAGCGAGAUUUCUUGUCCAAUGGUUACUUGAGAGAACGAGAAUUGGAGAGGAAAGUCCGCGAAGAACGUUACAAAAGGAUAUUUAACGACCCAGGAUGGGAGAAGCAGUGGUAUUUGUUAAACUGGGGACAAAAUGAUGAGCAUUUGAUCGGGGCCGACAUCGAAGUGCUAGAUGUUUGGCGUCGGGGUUUUACGGGCAACGGUGUUGUUGUCAGUAUACUGGAUGAUGGUUUGGAUCACACACAUCCUGAUUUGAAGAGAAACUACGAUCCAAAGGCCAGUACUGAUUUAAACGACAACGAUGAUGAUCCUUUCCCUAACGACAGCGAUCCUUACAACGCUCACGGCACAAAAUGCGCUGGUGAAGUUGGCGCUCAAGAAGAUAACGAAAUAUGCGGAGUUGGAGUGGCUUUCAACGUCAAACUUGGCGGCGUUCGAAUGCUUGAUGGAACUGCAACAGAUAAGCUAGAAGCGAGCGCCCUUAGUUUUAAAUCUGACUAUAUUGAUAUUUACAGUAACUGCUGGGGUCCUAAAGAUGACGGGAAGACUUUCGGAAGACCAGGACCGUUGGGAAGGAAAGCUUUCGAAGAUGGCGCAAAAUUCGGACGAAACGGAAAAGGUUCAAUAUACGUGUGGGCAACUGGAAACGGAGGUCUAGCUGAUGAUGACUGCAACUGUGAUGGUUACACUUCAAGUAUUUACACAAUUUCAAUAGGAGCAGUCAGUCGUUAUGGUCUUUCUACAUAUUAUGAUGAGCAGUGUUCUUCUACCAUGGCUGUGACAUACACAGGGGACACUCAUCGUGGAGGUUCCAGUGAAGCUGACUUGGUCACUACUGAUCUCAAGCAUAAAUGUACGACAAGGUUCCGCGGCACAUCUUCGGCAGCUCCAUUGGCGUCCGGCAUCUUUGCCUUGGUUCUGGAAGCCAACAAAGAUCUUACCUGGCGUGAUCUGCAGCACCUGGUUGUUCAUGAAGCAGUGAAGACGAGUCCACAAGAUGAUGGCUGGAUCACUAAUGCUGCUGGGUUGCUGUUUAAUCACAAGUUUGGCUUUGGUCGCCUGAGUGCUAGUAAGCUGGUGACAGCCGCACUGAACUGGACAUCAGUUGGUGAACAGCAUAACUGUUCAGUGGAUGGCCCUGUUGAAGAUGGACACAUUCCUCUUGGUGGUACUCUGGAGUUAAGUGUUGACACUGAUGCUUGUAAGGGGACAGAGAGGUACGUCAAGAAGCUUGAACAUGUGCAAGUGACCGUCAGCUUCAGAUUAGCCAAGGCAUUCCGUGGAGACAUUAGCAUAGAUAUUGUCUCACCAGGAGGAACAAGUAGUCAGUUGCUGUCAACCCGCCAUAGCGACAAAGACACAUUUGGACUGACUGACUGGGACUUCAUGACAGUGCACUUAUGGAGUGAGUCACCAGAGGGAAAAUGGAAACUUCUCUUUCAUCACAACAAGCUUGCGACAGAGGAGCCCAAGAAGCCAGACAUCGAAGAGCGAGAACGCGUCCUCAUACAGCAUGAUCUACUGAAGGCCCGCCGAGAUGAAAUCACAGAUGAUUACGACGAUUAUCAUGAUGAAAUUCAUCAUGGCCGGUUUGGAGGAGACUACAUGCGUGAUCAAAUUUUCCCAGUUGCAAAUGAUGAGAGUGAUCUGGAUGGGUUAUUAGAAAGCAAUGAAGAUUCUGCUGCUGCUGGUGAUUAUGCAGGCAAGGUGACCAAAUGGAAGUUGACACUUUAUGGAACAGGUGAAUAAUGAUUUAUUAACAUUAUUAUACCACAUGGUAAAUUGAAACAAAUUUUCCUGUUGUACAAAGUUUUAAUUUAUUUACUUAAUGUAAAGGUUAACCUAUGUGUAGUUAAUUUUUGUGUCAUAGUUUGGUUUGGUGUGACUUAACAUAGUUAAAUGCUUCUAGUAUUCAGGGUGACUAGAUGCAGAAUUGUCUGUUCCUCUAAUUUAGCACUCAAUGUUGUGUAAAUUUGACGUUGUAUGUUCUUUGUAAAGAAGGCCCCUUAUUUUCAUUUUCAAAAAAGUGAAUUUUAUUAUAAUUUAUUAUUAAAACAGAUUUUAUUUUGAUAUGUGGAAAUUACCUUGAAAUUUAUUUGAAUUACUCACAAUAGACGCUCCUUUUAACAAAUUACAUGUAAGUACUGUUAUGUAAGAUAAAUUUGUUUCAAAUACAGGCAUAUCAAUAGAUCUUACAUAUUCUUAAAGAAACACUGUUGUCUACAAACUACAAUAAUUAUUAUUAUUAUAAUUUGAAGGAAAGUUCUGAAGAUUUAUGGCAAUUGAAACUAGAAUAAGAAUGGAAAUAUAGAAAAAAAAAGGUUCUAGUAAAAUUUUCAAGGGAAUCCAAGUCAAACUAACUAGAGUGUUGGAAACUCGGCUUUAACAGUUCCUUGUCAUCACCAUCCUCAAGUUAAUGGCUUGUAGUCAAGAGUGCUAUUUUCCAGAAUCAAAUCACUGUUGAAUCUCCUAUUACUUAUGCCACUUUGAGCUUCAUAAAUUAUACCAAAAUAUAUAUUGGACAGUGCUAGCAUUUAUUUAAGAUACAAUCAUGAAUGAGUCAAAAGAAAAUGAUUCAAUUAUAAAUUCUUAUUAAUAUUAAUAAUAAUGCAAUACUCAUAGUGGUGCCCAUUGUAUUGUCUUUUUUUGCGGAGGAGGGUAAUUGACUUGAAAAUAAAAGUUAGAGUAUCAUAAUGAGGAUAAUCAUCAUGGAUAUUGGCUCUCUGCUAGUUCCAAUAUUACGCAGCUCAUUCAAAGCAUGUCCUGUGAAGAAAAUGUCUAUCACACUAUUAAAUGGAUCUUUUUACAGAUGUUACACAAUAUCAACAAUUUUUCGUAUUUUUCAUAUGAAGGAAAAAAAAAACUCACGCUUUUUCCCUCUGGUGUACAUUUCUUUGUAUAAAGUGGCAAGUUUGGGGUCCCACAUUUCCUUAAGUUUGCAACAGAUGGUUAUGAAACUUCACAUUUUACUAAAUUUGGCAUGAUAAAGCAACUGGUUGGACUUAAUUUUUGUUGCAAUGGAAAAAUUGGAAAAGUGUAACAUGGGUAAACAGGUCCAUUAGACUCAAAGGUGUCUCUUCAGAUCUGAAGAGCACUUCAGGGUUUUUUUUAAGAUUUUCUGUAGGAAGGCAACUGGUUUUCACAUUCAGGCAAAACUAUUUAAACUGAACUCCUUUGUAAGAAAAACAUUCCUCCACAUGGUCAAACCAUGUAGACAAAAUUGUCUUCACAGCCAGUCAAUUUGCUUAGUUGCCAGCUCUUAUUGAAACCCCUUGAUGUUCUAGUCAUACAGACGUAUAAUUAGCAGACAUUGUUCAAAGAUUCUUCUUGCAAAUUCUACAAUAAUACCAUCACAUUAUGACAUGUAAAUAUAAUACAGUACAUACUGGAUUCUAUCAGCAAAUUAUGAUAUAUGUUAAGUUAUAAGUUAGUAAUGGGUGUAUGAGAAUUACUACCGUAGCAACCAGUAAAUACCACAAAUGCCACAAUAUUUUUGUCAACUAAUAUUAAUUAAUAAUAAUUAAUUGUAUCAAACAAAAACUGAGUAGAUUGGCUUGAAGUCCUUCUGAUCGCAGUUUAACUUGUCCACAUUUACAACUGUUGAACAACCAGUAAAUUUAUGCUAAUUAAAACAAUAAGAUUAUUUGCUUGUAAUUUCUGUGCAGGAGAGUUGUUUCUGGUUGCGCUCCAGUCCAUCAUCAGGUGAUAGAAAUCCUGAGCUCAUAAUCUAAUUUUUAAUUUGAAAUGAAUUAUCAUGUAUGCCAUGAAUUACAACGGCAUCCUCAUUGAGAGCUGGUAAAAAAUUAGCAAAAUUAUGCACUUUUCAUUGUCAAAUGAAAGAGAAAACUUGCAUUGGGCAAUGGAAGGUAACUACUUCAAGCUAAAUACGUAACUGACAAUUUUUUCUUCUUCAUUCAUGUAGUUACAGUGAGGGUACAAUUUAAGGGGUGAAAAAUAGUGACAUCAGUAAAUUAUUGAAGCAUUUGAACACUUGAAAAUCUUAUAUUUUGUGACUACCAUAACUUCAUUUUGGAAUUUAUUGCUAUGAUAUUGAAACCUUGUUUUAAGGUAUUAGCUAGUGUAGUACUUCCUCCUAGUUCUUGGAAUGGUGGCAAUAAACUUGAAAUCAGAGCACUUCA